GUAUGUGAGACGGGUGCAGGGGUGCGUGGAAAUGCAUUUCCCGGGUGCAAGGCGCAGGCGGGCGGCGCGCGGGGAGAGGGUGCAUGCGAUGAUGGACAUCGUAUUGAUUUCUAUCUGCCCGCGCCUCCCCUAUUGUACUGCACGUAUCGAUCGCUGCACCGGACUUGAUUCACGAGUGUGUCCCCGCUGUCCCCUAAUGUGUUGAUCGCCUUACGUCACGGAUGCAGUUGCCCAUCAAACAAAACAAAACAGGAUCGCUAUUUACGAAAACUCAAGCUUUAAAAUUCGAAUUUUGAAAUUGGAACGCGCACACGGAGCGCCGAAGCGUUUGGAGAAGACUCGUAGAAAAGAAGUGGCCAGAUUUGUUUGGAGCCAGGGGUUAAGGAAGGUGUGAAAGUGGCGGCGUUGCUGGCGCGCGCGGAAUGCGCGGGAGUGGAGUUUAGCGCGCGAGCCCGCCCCGACCCCGCCGUGCCGCCCUCCGAACUGCCGGCCAUGGCGACCGAGACUGUGUUCUCACCAGGCGGCGCCGCGGCCGGCGCGGGCGCAGCAGGCGCGGGCGGCGAGCAGCAGUACUCGCUGCGCUGGAACGACUUCCACUCCGCCAUGGUCUCCUCCUUCCGCCGCCUGCGCGACGAGGAGGACUUCGUCGACGUCACGCUCGCCUGCGCCGGCGCCACCUUCACUGCACAUAAGGUCGUGUUAUCAGCGUGCAGCCCAUACUUCAGGAAACUGCUGAAGGCGAACCCGUGCCAGCACCCCAUCGUCAUACUCAGGGAUGUCCACGACAAGGACAUGGAGAGCUUACUCAGGUUUAUGUACCAAGGCGAGGUCCACAUAGGGCAGGAGCAGCUGAAGGAGUUCCUGCGAGCGGCGCAGCUGCUGCAGGUGCGGGGUCUGACCGACGUCCCGCCGACUGCGCCAGUGCCCACGCUCGACCAGAAAGCCUCACCACAAUCCGCGUCAUCAUGGACGGAGACGGGGUCGGGCGGGUCUCGCGAGGGGCGGGAGGCGCGCGAGGGGCGGCGCGCGCGCAGGCCGGAGGAAGGCGCGGCCGGCACGCCGCCGCCCAAGCGAGCAAGGUCCUCCGACCUCUACCAGGCGCAGAUGAAGACUAGGACGGAGCAGCUACUAGCGCAGGGCAGCCCGGAGCGCAACGGACACGAACUGCUCUUUGGGCAGGGGCUGGAACAGAACGCGCACCUUUCGGCUAUGUCUAACAACAUGUCUGGCGACGGCGAGGAGUCAUCAUCAGACGCCGGAGCCAGCGACACAGAAGGCGAGCCCCGCGCCAAGCAGGAGCCGCUAGACUACGACGACCCCGCACACAUGGCCAACACCAACGGAGCACACCCCCAUAGCUUCCCUGGACUGCUGAACCUGCAAGGAUUCCCUGGACUUCCCGGACCAUCAGGGAUACCAGAUAACUUCGGUGGUUCGCGGCGGACACAGGAUCUGUUGCGCGUGCGAGCGACGGACCCGCGGCCGUGCCCCAAGUGCGGCAAGAUCUACCGCUCGGCGCACACGCUGCGCACGCAUCUCGAGGACAAGCACACCGUCUGCCCUGGAUACCGAUGCGUUCUCUGCGGCACGGUGGCCAAAUCCCGCAACUCGCUACACUCGCACAUGUCGCGGCAGCACCGCGGCAUCUCCACCAAGGAUCUUCCCGUGCUGCAGAUGCCCACGCGGUUUGAUCCUGAACUCGCGAGCCAACUUCUAGCAAAAGCCGGCGUGAAAGUGUCUCCAGAACAACUCCGCGCGCGAGCGUCACCCACCGGCCCUCGGCGGUGCGACGUCAAGCUGGAUGCCAAGUCUGCGGCUUCUGAGAGCAGCUCCAUCUGCGGCGACAACGACAAUGAUGAUCUGAGCCAGUCGCGCUAUGGAGACCUGCCGGUUUCACCACCUCACAUAAACAGCCUGGCCAACACGACGAUCACAAAGGUCCCCGCGGUGCGAGCGUUAGCGGCGCGCGCGGCCGAGGGCGCCCACGCGCCGGCGCCCCGACGGGACGACUACCCGUACACGGCAGGCUCCACGCUUAUUGACACCUACCUUCAGUAUAUCGGAAUGCCAAAUAUAAACCACCUCGCCAACCUGAACGCGAUGCACAUGGACCGCAAGACUUACGACGAGCCGUCGCCACAGAUGGGCUCGCUCCCCCCUCCCCCCACCACGCUCGCCCACCAGAGCUUCCUCAAGCAGAUGCAGAGGAAGUACACCGACAUGGGCAAGCCGGACAUCACGCGCGAGGCCGACGAACCGCUCGACCUAGGGAAGGAGCGGCAACGCAGCGAGAGCGUCGGGGAGGGAGACGACAAGGAAGGUAACAAGGAGUAUUACGGCAAGGAGUUCGACGCGGAGGAGGAGCGCCGCGAGGAGGACGAGGCGCCCGACGAGGCCGGCUACUCCGACGAGGAGAGGAAGACGUCAUGAAAGACGUUUUGUUGAUCACAAACGGUGCUCGAGUGUUAUGUUUUAGCUGAUUCGUUUCGCAACGUAAUAUCGGUUUGAUUGUUGACCCGUGGAAUGUCGUUGGUGCCAUUUCAAUGUAAAUUUUAAUUAGGUUUAAAGCGGCGAGCGUCAGGUUGUGUGAGAUCACUGUAGGUCCCCGCCCCGCGUUAGUCCGUCGGCGCCACUUGAUUGUGAGAUUGUUUUAGUAGUAACUAAAUAGUAUCCUGGUCGACGGCCACCUUUUGUAACGACACCCCCUUAGCCGUCCCCGAGUGUAACUAAUCUAUUUCACAGACGCUCUGUGAGACAGAUGUAAUAAAUUUUAGACUUCUGAAUUACUAGCCUUGUUGUUGUAAAUUGUUAAAUAUAAAAUGGCGAACUCGAGGGGCAGGCUGUUGACCAGACUAUAGUAGGUAGUGUUUUUGUACGUGCAUGUAACGGACCCUGUCACUCGUAGGGCCUUACAUCAUAUUCCAUCCGACUACCUCAGCAUCGGGCCAAUCCGGCGUGUAAAAAUUAAAGAGAAAAUAUAUCCACACAAAUUGUGAAAUUCCAUCCAUCUACCUCACUUCAAUAGAUUUAAUUUAAUAUUUUAUACAAUUUAUAGAUAUAAAUAACUGUUGUUUUAUGUAUUUUGCAGAUUGCAUUUAUAUAUACUACGUAGAGCAUAAAUAGUAGUUUAAAUAUACGCAAGUCAUUAGGUGAUUGUUAGUGCUGCCCAUACAUAGAUACUUGACAUUCUCAUUGCGUUGUGUAGUGCGCACUCUCUAGAGAACGUUAGACUGCCCGGCGUGUGG